GUUUACAUUAUAAAUCACUUGGGGGCCUGCAUUUUUUGCAAUGUAAUAUUUUGACAUAUUGGUUGUUUAUUUUGUACACUGAAUUGCCUGUUAGUAUUAGUUUAUUGUUGUGCAUACCGUUUACCCCUACUUUGUCAAUUAUAGGUUGGUUUAAUGGUUUAUUAUUACAUUUUUCUGAUUAAUGAAUUGUCAAGAAGUGCUCAAAAGAUUCGUUGGAACAUCUGAGAAACCACCUACUCGGUGAAAGACUUUUGGGACUUGGUUGGUGAAAAGAAAAUGGCUUUAGCUACGUCAGGUUGGACAUUUAACAGGAAACAUUCCGAUCCCGAAAGGUGGAUUUGCAUAUAUCCAGCUUAUAUCAACAGCAGGAAAACUACAGCAGAAGGCCGAAGAAUCCCCAAAGACAAAGCUGUGAAUAAUCCUACUUAUCAGGAGAUCCGAGAUGUUCUUGUUGCGGCUGGGUUAAAAAUUGGGGUGGAACCUAAGAUGUAUUGUAGAGAGACAAGCAAGGAAAUUCAUUCAUGGGGUCGGAUUCGAGUUCAACUCAAAAAUGAAGACGGGUAUCUAGUAAAUGAGAAUUUCCCAACUAGACAGUCUGUGAUGCUACAUCUUGGAGCCAUGAUUCCCAUGCUCAAGAGCAGAGCAGGUAAACUGGGAAGUGGUGAUUCUACAUUAUAUAGUGGUAAGGAAAGAGUCAACAAGCAAGUAAGUAGCAGUUCCAUAGCAGCAAGUUCUCAAACAUCAAACAAGGAAAGCGGUGUUAGUGGAAACAAUAGGUCGAGGACCAAUAAGAAGAAAGGGAACCGACGCUGAAUCUAGAACUGUUUUGUAACUAGGAGAAAUGGAUAAACAAAGUUUUGUAUGACUCAUGGAAUUUAAUUGUCAUUCAUCUGAUUUUUUUAAUCUAGUUUAGGCCUUGGUCAUAUUAGGUGAUUAAUGGUGAAAACAGUUACAGGCUACAGAGAAGAACCAAUUUGCUUAAUAUUAAAAUUUCCAUAGUCCGAAAUUGUAUGUAGUGCAUUAGGCUAUAAUUGCGCUAUGUUUUAAAAUUAACGUAGCCUAUAUAUCUAGUUAAACGUGUAUAAGGUUAAAUUAAAAGCCAAAAAGAAAACAAAAAUAAUAUAAUUAUUACCACCACCACUAUUCUUAUAGGUAUAGUAAGUGGCCACCACCACCAAACCAGGGUAUGCCAAAUGAUUGAUUCAAAAUUCCCAAUGUAGCAAAUAAAAAAUCAUUUUUAUUAUAAUUAAUUAUUGCUAGCUUUUUUUAAUGUAUUGAAUAACUUCAACAUUGUUCAAUUUAAUUCAAAUAAAGUAAAAUCAUUUUUAUGAGAAACGUCAGCAAGUACAAUGGCAAUGUAGGUUACAUACGUGUUAUUUGUGUCAUGAGCUGUCAUACAUGUUUAUCCUUCAAAAACAGUAAAAAGUAACUAAAUGUGUCUACAAAAGUAAAUAGUGUACACUGUUUUUACUGUUACAUUUAUUUUAUAAAUACACAUAGACUAGAUAGUGUUUUAUUCAUCAGUAAAUUAAAAGCUGUAAUUUUUUUUAAUCUUACCCUAAUUUGUUUCAAUAUUUUGGUUUUGGUAGCUCAGGUAAUUAUGAAUAUUGAUGAUUCGGUUGUGGUGGUGGCCGCUUAUUGUAUUGCAGCUCUUUAAUACGAAAUUUAUUAAUAACAUUAGGCUCUAUUAAGUUAGGCUAAGGAUAGAAGUGGUAACUAUAUCAAACUGUAGAGGGAAAAUACUUUGAGCUAAUGGGGCUUGAAAAUUGCGUACUUAUAGAAAAGUUUGAUUUUGCUUUUGAGAAAAAUUGUGUUUUUUAACAAAAAGUUAUAACAUUU